AUGUCCCACCAGAAAAAGCAGCCCACCCCCUUCCCCCCAGCGGGUUGCGUGAAGAUCUCUGGCGGCGGCGGAGGCGGCGGCGGCGGCGGCGGCAGCGGUGGCUGCGGCUUCUAUAGCGGCGGCGGCGGCUCCAGCUGCGGCGGAGGCGGCGGCGGCGGCGGCUCCAGCUGCGGUGGCGGUGGCUCUGGGGGCGGCUCCAGUUGCGGGGGCGGCGGCAGCGGAGGCUCCGGAGGAGGGAUCAAGUACUACGGCGGCGGCGGCGGCGGCGGCUCCGGCUGCGGCGGCGGCUACUCCGGCGGCGGCGGGGGCUCCAGCUGCGGCGGCGGUGGCUCUGGGGGCGGCUCCAGCUGCGGCGGCGGCGGCGGCUCCGGCUGCGGCGGGGGCUCCUCCGGCGGCGGCGGCGGCUCCGGCUGCGGCGGGGGCUCCUCCGGCGGCGGCGGCGGCUACUACUCGCAGCAGACCACCCAGGUCUCGUGCGCCCCGCAGCACAGCGGCGGCGGCGGCGGCGGCUGCGGCGGCUCCUCCGGGGGCGGCGGCGGCUCCAUCUGCGGCGGCGGCUCCUCCGGGGGCGGCGGCGGCUGCUUCUCCAGCGGCGGGGGCGGCGGCGGCUGCGGCGGUGGUUCGUCCGGAGGUGGCGGCGGCUCCAGCUGCGGCGGUGGCUCCGGGGGUGGCUCUGGGGGCGGCAAGGGCGUCCCUAUCUGCCACCAGACCCAGCAGAAGCAGGCGCCUUCCUGGCCGUGCAAAUAA